AGAGUUCAGUGCAGCCGUCAGUAGCGCCAGCAUCAGCGCGGAGAAACACAAGCCGACCAACAGAAGACGCCUUUAUCGUCGCGCACCGCGGGGAUCUACUUUUUACCACUCUCUGGUGGAACUCUAACUUUAUUUUUGUAAAUCUCGGCGGUACAACUCGCUCCCGUCGUCGCUUCGCCAUGAGCGUCAGCGUGACCUCGGACAACGUCUUCCUCACGGCGCUGCAGCCCAACUCCACCGUCAGCACUUACGCGGUCCCCUCCGAAAACGAGCUCUCUCACGGUGGCUCGCACGCCAAGGAUGAGGCGAGGUUCAAGCGCGUGCACCAGCAGGUGUCUAUGAGACUGGCGGAGAAAUCCACGCUUCCGCGCCAGAACGGCUCGUCGUCACAAUACGCAGCCUCAGAGUCUGGGAAUUACUCAACAAUGACAAAAUAUUCAACAGUAAGCCAGAGUUUCACUCCAAAUUUCAGCUCGAAAUCCUUCGUCUAUUCCCCCACUAGACAAAUGACGGCGCAACGUCCAUCGCAGUACUCUAGUGGUUACUCAUCCCGUUCUGCCAUUGAUUUCGGCCCAAAAACCAAAAUCAGUUACACAGGAGGUGGUGGUGGAGGCGGGGCAUAUUACCAAGAAGAUUAUGUGGGCGGCGGUUACCAAGGCGGCGGUUUCCAGGGCGCUGGUUACCAAAGCGGCGGGGGCCAAGUGCAACAUCAGCAGGUCAGCUCAAUGACUCGAUCCUUCAGCCGAAUGGGGGGCGACCCGGAGACCCAGUCCAUGCAUUCCAUGCGAGUGGCGUCCAUACCGCGGCACGUGGCUAACUCCUGGAUGGCGCAGGACGACAGCGACGGCAGCCUGGUUUCAGAACGAGACGCCACUUAUACGCAACAGGCCACCAUGCAGAGCAUGAGCAACGGCUACACCGCCAACACCUAUCCGCGUCAGUCCGUGUAUUCCACCUCUGGGGUGAACGGGUUUGAGAGCGGACAGCAGGUCAGUUCCAUGACGCUGCCAGCCAUGAAACGCUCCCACAGUGGGAUGCUAGCCGCUGGAGGAGGAGGAGGAGGAGGAGGAGGCGUCAUGGAGCAGGAGGUGUACGUUAGACAGCAGUCCUUCAAAGGCCCCGCCCACCGCACCAUCAAUCGAAUCAACAACCGCCAAACCAGUCGCGCUUCAAACAUGUCGUCAGGCAUGUACGGGAUUUCUGGAUUCAGCGGCUCCCAGAGCAACCUGGCCAUGCAACAGGGACGGCUGUCACGCGCCGGGUCCGUCAGGAGCAUGCAUAGCGUCGGGAGAGGCAAGGAUGUGUUUGACGGCAUGGAUAUGACGGGCAGCAUGGGCAACCUGAGCGGACUCAACAGUUUGGACAUGCAGACUGCUGUUAGCUAUCUUGUUGAGCCCGAUCAAAGUCUUCAAAAUUUGGGGGCUGCCUACAUUCAGCACGAGUGUUACCACAACAAUGAAGCAAAGAAGCAGGUGAACAAGCUGAAGGGCAUUCCUCUCCUGGUGCAGCUGUUUACCAGCGAGAGUCAGGAGGUGCAGCGCUACGCCACCGGCGCCACCAGAAACCUCAUUUACGAGAACAUGGAGAACAAAGUGGCCCUUAUUGAAUCCGGCGGGAUCCCCAAGCUCAUAGAGGCCCUUAAAGAAGAAGACGACGAACUCCGCAAGAACAUCACAGGUAUUUUGUGGAAUCUGUCUUCUAAGGAUAACCUGAAAGAAAGGCUGGCACGAGAAACUCUUCCCGAACUGACAGAGAAGAUCCUGAUUCCCCUCUCCGGGACCGGGGACCAGGACAUUAUUGAGCUGAAACCCUCAGAGUCUGACAUCUUCUUCAACACUACCGGCUGCCUCAGGAACUUGAGCUCGGUGAAUGAGAAGACCAGGCAGCAGAUGAGAGAGACCCAUGGCCUUAUAGACGCUCUAGUUGGCUAUAUCGAUAAAUGCUUGGAGAACUCUAAUGCGGAGCAGAAGGGUGUGGAGAACGCAGUGUGUGUGUUGAGGAAUCUGUCCUAUCAGCUGUACAGCGAGAUUCCCCAAGGAGCCCUUCUGCGGCUCGAGGGUCCGUCUCGAGCUCAGGGCUCCUCAAAAGGAGAAGCUAUCGGCUGCUUCACCCCUAACAGCAAGAAGGCCAAAGACAGACAAAAUCAGGACCUCUCCACGUUUACAGAAGUGUCCCGGCAGCCAAAGGACAUGGAGUGGCUCUGGCACCCUAAGAUCAUUGUUCUGUAUAACCAGUUGCUGCAGCAAUGCGAGAUCAACUCCACAACGAGAGAGGCUGCGGCCGGAGCCCUGCAGAACAUCACUGCUGGAGAAAAAAGAUGGGCGUCCAUCUUGAGUCGUGUGGUGUUGGAGCAGAAUAGGAUGUUGCCUGUCAUUCUGGAUAAACUCAGGACCAACAACGAUGCGGAGCUGCGUUCUCUCACCGGCUUACUCAGAAACCUCUCCCGUCACUGCAAGGACAAGAACGACAUGGCCACAAAGGUGGUAAAUACCCUGCUUAGCAAACUGCCCAACGAUGGCCGCCAGAAGGAGCCGUCCAGUGACGUAGUGGUGAACAUUUGUGGGGCCCUCAACAACCUGGUGACCAGCAGCAUGGUGGCUGCACGAGACAUCACCUACUUCGAUGGUCUGCCCAAGCUGCUGGGCAUCAAGACAAUACAUGAAAGCAGCCCUGUUCAGUUGAAAGCUGCUAAAGCAGCGUCAACAGUGCUCAGCAACAUGUUCCAGUACAAGAAACUACACAAAGAUUACAAAAGCAAAGGGUACCAGAAAGAAGACUUUUCAGAAAUGGGCUUCUGAAUGGAUUUUAUUGUCAGACAAGAAUUUAAUAAGGACAAUGGAUAAAGAAAACACAACCGGAAAACCCCAGCGAAAUAAAUAUUCAGAAAAAGUGGAUAACACACACAAGACUUUGUUGCUACUGUAUAGGAUGAACAUUUCUUAUUCAGCCUCGUAUCUUUGUUAUUUUUCCCAAAAAUCCUCAGGGAUUUAUUGCAAUAUGUCUUUUAUAUACCGGCUGUUGCCUGUAUUUUUUUCUAUUAAACACACACGAUCCAUGAUAUAAUAAUUAUAUCUUGGGAAUGCAAUCUAUCUUUUCAAAACAGUUCCUUUUUUUAUGAUAUUUGUAGAAGAAUAUCUGUAUUAUGAUGAUAAGGAAGACAUUUUAGCUGGUAAAUUGCAAUUGUGAGGGUGUAGAAGAUUGUGAUAUGUUUUAUAAGACACUUAAAUGCUGUAAGCACAGGCCGGACAAUUUUGGGCUGUUAAUCAGCCUUCUUGUCGUAACAGAAUCGCUUAUUUCUUACUAGUCUGAUUUAAGAUAUACUGGGUUGUUUCCUCUUUUUGGUGUUUUUUCUGUAUGUACAGAUAAUAUGUGUCAUUAUUUAGUGUACAAAUGAUAAAUGUAAUGAUAUGAGGAGGACACAUGAUAAAAUACCAUAUGAAUGUUUGAAUGGAAAUGCAUUUAAACCCACUGACUAAAUUAAGUAUGUAACAUCACUAUAUGCCAGAUAGUUUCUGUUCACUUUUGUAUAUGGUGCAAUAUGUGCAUUAAUUUGAGAGCAAGCAACUCGACUUAACUGUAGUGUUAAUUGUUUUUUGUAUAAACCUUUUUUUUAUUUUUAUCGUGGAUGUUGAAUGUUUGGUUUGGGUUGGUGCGUUUCCAAAUUAUAUUUAAUCCGGUGUGUAUGCUAUAGACUGUUAUGAGUGAUUUGCAAUCUUUAAAUAUUUGAGAACCGCUUUUACCGUAUAGAGACUUAAAUCUGCAGAGAGGCCUUGAACCUUUUGACCUUUACGAAUGCGUGGAAUGUUCUCUUUUCAAAGUCUCUGAUCGAGCGCCUGACAUAUUUUAGAACUCAUCCUGAUUUCAUUGUAAAAUGCAUGUGCGUGAGUGUCAUAGAUCUGUGUUCAUAUCGAAACAAUAAAAAGGAAAUUAAGAGUU